UAGCCACACUCUCAACUGUUCCUUGGGGUGAUCAGUGUCAGGACUUGGGGCACCUUGCCCUGGGUGCCCGGCACUAGAGACACCCCUGCAUGUAAAUGAAUUCAUGGCAAAAUUAUGCUUCUGUUUCUUUCAGCUGGAAAAAGUGGACAGUGUCCUCAUGUAGGUCCGCCCAAUACUGUCAUACGGUUCAAAUGUCUGUCUGUCAACAAAACCAUCUGCAAGGAAGAUAAAGACUGUGAAGGUCGGCAGAAGUGCUGCAGUGAGCUCUGCGUCAACAAAUGCCGGGACCCUGUCCCUGUGGUUAAACCUGGAAACUGCCCACCCAUGAAUAUACUUUGCUUACGCCUUCCUGACAACACCAGCUACCCAAAUUAUUGUACAAAGGACGCUGACUGUGAUGGAGAGAAGAAGUGCUGCAAUAGAUGUGGCAUGCGUUGCCUAGACCCUCGUUGAAGACUCAGGACAAGAAGCCAUUGAAGACAUUUUUGGAGAGAUGAGGUCGAGAGAUGAGAUCGUCAUCAACUCAUUGUGAUCAGCAGGACGUCCCCCCACCCAGGAAUUGUCUUUAAAUAAAUAAGUCUUGAAUCCCGA